AUGUCUUCUGCUCCUCAUAUUGGGCCAUGGAGAACUCCAGCUGAGGGUCAUCUCACCCCAGAUGCCAAUGGAGAUCUUAAAACUGACUAUACGCGCUGGCGAUUGGUCGACGAGGAAGGCCGUCAAACAUGGCGGUAUCUCGAAUCUGAUGCCGAAAACAAAGAGUGGCCACAAUCGGUAGCAGAUAAAUAUCACUUAGGCAUGCCAACGGGUCUUCCAGAGCUACCAGAGGCCAAGACGCCAUUGAAAGCCGCCGAGAAUGGGCUUUCAUUUUUCUCGCAUCUGCAACUGGAGCCCGGAAACUGGGCCUGCGAGUACGGUGGUCCUAUGUUCUUGCUGCCGGGUAUUUUGAUCACUUACUAUGUGACCAAUACCCCUAUUCCUCCGGAAUAUGCAACAGAGAUCAAGCGUUAUCUGUUUGCCCGUCAGCACCCAGAGGACGGUGGAUGGGGUCUACACAUUGAAGGCCACAGCUCCGUUUUCGGUACGUGUAUGAACUAUGUGGCACUGCGCUUGAUCGGUGUCAGCGAAGAGGACCCGCGCAUGAUCAAAGCCCGGGGACUUCUGCAUAAGUUUGGAGGUGCCAUCUACGGUCCUCACUGGGCUAAGUUCUGGCUUAGCAUUCUGGGGGUGAUGGAGUGGGAGGGUGUCAACCCAGUUCCCCCUGAGAUUUGGUUGGUUCACGCGUUGCAACGGGUACGACCUCUCUUUACUAACAGUAUACAUAGGCUUCUUCCCGACUGGGUUCCCUUCGCUCCUUGGCGGUGGUGGAUUCAUAUGCGCCAAGUGUUCCUCCCAAUGUCUUGGUUAUGGUCUAAGCAAUGGUCUCAUCCUCUAGACGAGUUGACAAGACAGCUGCGCGAGGAGCUGUACACCCAGCCAUACAGCUCUGUCAAUUUUGCUGCGCAUCGCAAUUCGAUUCACGACGCAGACAAUUAUUAUCCCAAGACAUGGCUGUUGAAUGCAGCCAAUGAACUGCUGGUUCGGGUCUGGAACCCUUAUCUUCGAUUCCCUAUUGUCGUCAAGCGAGCUGAGGAAUGGACGUGGGAAUUGAUUCGCAUGGAAGAUGAAAACACCAAAUAUGCGGGGCUGGGACCUGUCAACAACCCAAUGAAUAUGGUGGCUUGCUUUAUUCACGACGGCCCCGACAGUUACUCUGUCCGCCAACACAGGGAGCGGCUGAAUGACUAUAUGUGGGUAAAGGGCGAGGGCAUGCUUGCGAAUGGAACCAAUGGCGUGCAAGUUUGGGACACGGCGUUCGUGACACAGGCGAUCGUCGUUGCUGGUUUCGCUGACGAGCCUAAAUGGCGGCCGAUGUUGACGAAAGCUCUCGAGUUCCUCGACGACCAUCAAUUACGAGAGAAUGUGCCAGAUCAAGAAAAAUGCUACCGCCAACACCGUAAGGGUGCUUGGCCGUUCAGCACUAAGGACCAAGGCUACACAGUUAGCGAUUGUACCGCCGAGGGUCUCCGGUCAACACUUCAGCUACAGGAGAUGCACGGCUUCCCUAGGCUGAUCUCCGAACAACGUUUGAAGGACGCAGUCGACUGUCUUUUGCUUAUGCAAAACCCAAGCGGCGGCUUCUCCGAGUACGAAAUUACCCGCGCUUCACCCAAGGUCGAGUGGCUUAAUGCCGCCGAGGUCUUCGGCGGAAUCAUGAUCAGCUACGACCACCCCGAAUGCACAACUGCAUCUGUUACGGCCCUGUCACUCUUUAGCAAAUUCUACCCCAAAUAUCGCGCCGACGAAAUCCGCGCCGCGAAGCAGAAGGCCGUCGGCUAUAUCAAGCACGUACAGCGCGCGGAUGGUAGCUGGUAUGGUUCUUGGGGUAUCUGCUUUACGUACGCAGCGUUGUUCGCGCUCGAGAGUUUGGCCAGCGUCGGCGAGACAUACGAAACGAGCGCCGACUCUCGUCGCGGCUGUGACUUCCUGAUCGAGAAGCAGCAGGCCGAUGGUGGCUGGGGCGAGUCAUAUCUUAGUAGCUCGACCCAUCAGUAUGUUCAGCACGAAAAGUCCCAGGUGUGUCAGACUGCGUGGUCUCUUCUUGCACUUAUGGAGGCGGGCUACCCGCACAAAGGACCGUUGGAGAGCGGCAUUAGGCUGUUGAUGUCUCGCCAGCAGCGGAAUGGCGAGUGGCUACAGGAGGCGAUUGAGGGUGUAUUCAACCAGUCUUGCAUGAUCUCAUACCCCAACUACAAGUUCUACUGGCCUAUCCGUGCCUUGGGCUUGUAUAGUAAGAAGUUCGGAAAUGCAGAGCUCGUGUAA